AAAUUGAAAACCAACAACACCAAAAACAAAUAAUUCACAACAAUAUAGUUAAAUGCCAACAAAAUUUUACUGAUAAUACUACCAAAAUGAUAGAUAGCAUUCUCAAAAGACAAAGUCAAUACGUUCAAUCAAUUAAUAUUAUAACACCUUCUACUGUAAUUACAGAACCUAAAGAGAUAAAAAAAGCUAUAUCAAAAUAUUUUGAAACCUGA